UGUGUAUACGUUUUCAUGUACCCUGUUAAUUUUUUAUUUGUGUUUUAGAUUCUAAGACAUGUCUGAUAGUGAGGGAAGCAAUUAUUCUGCUAAUGAUAGUGAAGAAAGUGAGGUUGAACAGGAAGAUGCUAAGAGCGAAGCAGGAUCAGAUGCUGAAAGUGAAGCUGGAAGUCAUGGGGCUGCUGAGGAUGAAGCUGAAGAAGUGACAGAAGCUGAAGCAGCAGCAGAAGAACCACAAGAUGAAGAGGAACCUGAUGGUGAAGAUCUUGAUGAAGAAGAUGAAGAGGAUGAUGAAGAAGAUGAAGAUGAAGAUGAUGACAGAGGAAAAAGGAAGCGUAAAAAACCUCGUUUUGGAGGCUUCAUUUUGGAUGAAGCUGAAGUUGAUGAUGAAGUGGAAGAAGAAGAAGAGUGGGAAGAAGGAGCUGAAGAUAUUAUAGAUCGUACUCGGCCAAAUGAAGAAAACACUUCAAGAGAUAUUGACAGCCACCGGAGGCUGCAAAUGAUGUGGACAUCUCAAAAAGAAGAUGAAAUUGAAGAUUAUUAUAGACGAAAAUAUGCUGAAUCCUCAGCUGUUGAAAAAGGCUAUGGGGAUGGAGGAGAUCAUGAAUUGCCAGAUGAAAUUGCUCAGCAAACUCUUUUGCCUAGUGUAAAGGAUCCUAAUUUAUGGAUGGUGAAAUGUCGCAUUGGCGAAGAGAAAGCAACUUCUCUGUUGCUUAUGAGAAAAUUCAUUGCUUAUCAAUAUACAGAGGAGCCUCUGCAAAUCAAAAGUGUUGUGGCUCCCGAAGGAGUGAAAGGUUAUAUCUACAUUGAAGCUUAUAAACAAACACAUGUAAAACAAGCAAUCCAAGGUGUUGGAAAUUUGAGAAUGGGCCAGUAUCAGCAAAUGAUGGUUCCCAUAAAAGAAAUGACAGAUGUUUUACGUGUCACCAAAGAACAAGUUCAAUUGAAGGAAAAGCAGUGGGUGAGAUUAAAGAGAGGGUUAUAUAAAGAUGAUCUGGCACAAGUAGAUAUGUUGAAUCCUGCUCAAAAUCACGUUCUUUUGAAAUUGAUUCCAAGAAUAGAUUAUUCCAAAAAGAGAGGAGCAUUAAGAUCUACCGAACAAGAAAAAAGAAAAAAAGGUAGAAAGCCUCCACCUAAAUUAUUUGAUGUUGAUGCAGUAAGAGCUUUGGGUGGUGAAAUUUCAACUGAUGGUGAUUAUUUAAUUUUUGAAGGAAACCGAUACAGUCGCAAAGGCUUUCUUUUUAAAAGUUUCGCAAAAUCGGCAUUGAUUAUAGAUGGAGUAAAGCCAACACUCUCAGAACUUGAAAAAUUUGCUGAGAAAAAUGAUACUGCUGGAAUGGAAAUUGAAUUGAGUGAAGGUACUGGGCAAGAUGAUGCGAGUCACAACUUUUCUCCUGGUGAUAAUGUCGAAGUAUGCGAAGGAGAAUUAAUACAUCUGCAAGGCCGAGUAAUUGCAGUUGAUGGUAAUAAAGUUACUAUGCUGCCUUCUCACGAAGAUCUAAAGGAUCCAUUGGAAUUUCCUGCACAUGAAUUGCGGAAGUACUUUAAGAUGGGUGAUCAUGUGAAAGUGAUUUCUGGGACAUAUGAAGGUGAUACUGGGCUAAUUGUACAAGUUGAAAACAAUAUUGUCCUACUCUUUUCGGAUUUGACUAUGCAUGAGCUUAAAGUAAGACCUCAAGAUUUACAGUUAUGUACAGACAUGGCUACAGGAGUUGAUUCUCUUGGACAGUUUCAGUGGGGUGAUUUAGUGCUUUUAGAUGCUCAGACUGUUGGUGUGAUAGUUCGAUUAGAAAAAGAAAAUUUUCAUAUUCUUAAUAUGCAUGGAAAUGUUGUAAAAGUAAAACAUCAAAGUGUUACAAGGCGGAAAGAUACUAGGAGAGCUGUUUCAUUGGAUUCCGAACAAAAUCAGAUUCAGGUUCGAGAUGUAGUGAAGGUUAUUGAUGGACCCCAUUCAGGACGACAAGGUGAAAUUAAACAUCUCUAUCGUAGUUUUGCAUUUUUACAUUCAAGAAUGAUGAUGGAAAAUGGUGGAAUAUUUGUUUGCAAAACAAGGCAUUUAGUCUUGGCUGGAGCUGGAAGUGGACAUGGCAGACCUCUAGCAGAACUAAACAUGCGCUCACCAUUUCAUCCGUCAUCACCUCGUAUAAAUAGCCCUAUGCAUCCAUCUGGUGGAGGUGGUAGAACACCAGGUGGUUUUGGUGGAGGUGGAAUGGGACGAGGAAGAGGAAGGCGAGAUAGUGAAUUAAUAGGUCAGACUAUAAAAAUUACCCAUGGACCUUAUAAAGGCCAUAUUGGAAUUGUGAAAGAUGCAACUGAAGCUACAGCUCGAGUUGAACUGCACUCAAAGUGCCAGACUAUUUCUGUCGAUAGGACAAGAUUGGCUGUUGUUGGGGGUCCAAGCAAGGGCAAUCUUUCAAGUUACAGCCGAACACCAAUUUAUGGUAGCCAGACUCCAGUGUAUCUUGGUGGUUCACGCACUCCAAUGUAUGGGUCACAGACUCCACAGUAUGAAGCUGGUAGUCGUACUCCUCAUUAUGGAAGCCAGACACCUUUACAUGAAGGGAAUAGAACUCCUAGUCAUGGUGGUGCAUGGGAUCCAUCAAAUGCUAAUACUCCUGCUCGGGGUACUGGAGACUUUGAGGAUUAUCCAUUUGAUGAACCAUCUCCUUCUCCUGCUUACAAUGCAGCAACACCAGGCUAUCAGGAGACAACACAAGGCCCUUUCACACCACAGACUCCUGGAAGUGCUGUGAUGUACAAUUCUGACCAUACAUAUUCUCCCUAUCAACAAACACCGUCACCAUCUGGUUAUCCAGCUGGUACGCCAAGUCCUUCUGCAUAUGCUGCAACACCUAGUCCAUCUGGCUAUGCUGGAACACCAUCACCUAGUGGUUAUGGUUAUAGUCCAAUGACUCCAGGAGCUCCAUCUACACCUGGGGCAGGCUUAGAUCAUUCAUCGGUAGAAUGGCAAACAACAGACAUUGAAGUCAUUAUUAGAGAUACACAUGAGGAUGAUGGGCUUAGCGGACAAACUGGCAUUAUAAGAGGCAUCUCUGCUGGUAUGUGCUCAGUAUUUUUGCCAAAAGAAGAUCGUGUUGUUAACAUACUUGGAGAGCAUUUAGAACCUGUUGUUCCUCAACCAGGAGAUAAUGUAAAAGUUAUCAUUGGUGAAGAACGGGAAGCAACUGGCCGGCUGCUGAGCAUAGAUGGAUGUGAUGGUGUGGUUAAAUUUGGAAAUAAUGAAUUUAAAAUGCUUCAGUUGACAUUUUUAUGUAAAAUGAAGUCUUAGGACUCUUUUAAUGUAUAUAAUUAGUUCCAUGUUUUUAAUUACAUUCCUGUACAGUUUAUUCAUCAGUUCAUUUCGGAGUUCUUCAUUAGCAAAUAUGCACUACAUCAUCAUAUGAAAGAAUUAAGAAUUUUUCUAUUAAAUGAAUAUCAUGUAAAAAUUUACAAUGUGUUCAUUAAAAUUUAUUUUAAAAAAA